CCGGGGGGGCGGGGGGGCAGCGGUGUGUCGCCAGGCCCCCUCCUCCUCCUCCUCACUCCUCGCCUUCCAGCGAAGCGGCUGCCCCAGCGCCGUAGGGGGCUGCGCCUGCCCGCUCCGCCCCGGACCUGUCGGCGAAAGGGUUAUGCCAAAGUGGCUUCAUUCAUACAGAUGAACCAAGGAUUGGGAUAGCAAGUAUAAAAUUAGCAUCAAACAGCUGAUUGCCCAGCAGGAUGCCAUCAACUAACAGAGCAGGCAGCCUGAAAGACCCUGAAAUUGCAGAGCUCUUCUUCAAAGAAGAUCCUGAAAAGCUCUUCACAGAUCUCAGAGAAAUUGGCCAUGGAAGCUUUGGAGCAGUGUAUUUUGCACGAGAUGUGCGUACCAAUGAAGUGGUGGCUAUCAAAAAAAUGUCUUAUAGUGGAAAACAGUCUACUGAGAAAUGGCAGGAUAUUAUUAAAGAAGUCAAGUUUCUACAAAGAAUAAAACAUCCCAACAGUAUAGAAUAUAAAGGCUGCUAUUUACGUGAGCACACAGCUUGGCUUGUAAUGGAAUAUUGUUUAGGAUCUGCUUCAGAUUUACUGGAAGUUCACAAAAAGCCAUUACAAGAAGUGGAAAUAGCAGCAAUUACACACGGUGCUCUCCAGGGACUAGCCUACUUGCAUUCGCAUACUAUGAUCCAUAGAGAUAUCAAAGCAGGAAAUAUUCUCCUGACAGAACCAGGCCAGGUGAAACUUGCUGACUUUGGAUCUGCUUCCAUGGCAUCUCCUGCCAAUUCUUUUGUGGGAACGCCAUAUUGGAUGGCCCCGGAAGUCAUUUUAGCCAUGGACGAAGGACAGUAUGAUGGCAAAGUAGAUGUAUGGUCUCUUGGAAUAACAUGUAUUGAACUAGCGGAAAGAAAGCCUCCUUUAUUUAAUAUGAAUGCAAUGAGUGCCUUAUAUCAUAUAGCCCAAAAUGAAUCCCCUACACUACAGUCUAAUGAAUGGUCUGAUUAUUUUCGCAACUUUGUAGAUUCUUGCCUCCAGAAAAUCCCUCAAGAUCGCCCUACAUCAGAGGAACUUUUAAAGCACAUGUUUGUUCUUCGGGAACGCCCUGAAACAGUGUUAAUAGAUCUCAUUCAAAGGACAAAGGAUGCAGUAAGAGAGCUGGACAAUCUGCAAUAUAGAAAAAUGAAGAAACUCCUUUUCCAGGAGGCACAUAAUGGACCAGCAGUAGAAGCACAGGAAGAAGAAGAGGAACAAGAUCAUGGUGUUGGACGGACAGGAACAGUGAAUAGUGUUGGAAGUAAUCAGUCUAUUCCCAGUAUGUCCAUUAGUGCCAGUAGCCAAAGCAGUAGUGUUAACAGUCUUCCAGAUGCCUCGGAUGACAAGAGUGAGCUGGACAUGAUGGAGGGAGAUCAUACAGUGAUGUCUAAUAGUUCUGUCAUCCACUUAAAACCUGAGGAAGAAAAUUAUAGAGAAGAGGUAGAUUCUAGAACAAGAGCAUCAGAUCCACAAUCUCCACCCCAAGUAUCUCGUCAUAAACCACACUAUCGUAAUCGAGAACACUUUGCUACUAUACGGACAGCAUCACUGGUUACAAGGCAAAUGCAAGAACAUGAGCAGGACUCUGAACUUAGAGAGCAGAUGUCUGGUUAUAAGAGAAUGAGGCGACAACAUCAAAAGCAGCUGAUGACACUAGAAAAUAAGCUAAAGGCUGAGAUGGAUGAACAUCGCCUCAGAUUAGAUAAAGAUCUUGAAACUCAGCGUAACAAUUUUGCUGCAGAAAUGGAGAAACUUAUCAAGAAACAUCAGGCUGCUAUGGAAAAAGAGGCUAAAGUGAUGGCCAAUGAGGAGAAAAAAUUCCAGCAACAUAUUCAGGCCCAACAGAAGAAAGAACUGAAUAGCUUUUUGGAGUCCCAGAAGAGAGAAUACAAACUUCGAAAAGAACAGCUUAAGGAGGAGCUGAAUGAAAACCAGAGCACUCCAAAAAAAGAAAAACAGGAAUGGCUUUCAAAGCAGAAGGAGAAUAUACAGCAUUUCCAAGCAGAAGAAGAGGCUAAUCUUCUUCGACGUCAGAGACAAUACCUAGAGCUGGAGUGCCGCCGCUUCAAGAGAAGAAUGCUACUUGGACGCCAUAACUUAGAGCAGGACCUUGUCAGGGAGGAGUUAAAUAAAAGGCAGACCCAAAAGGACUUAGAGCAUGCCAUGCUACUGCGACAGCAUGAAUCCAUGCAAGAACUGGAGUUUCGUCACCUCAACACAAUUCAGAAAAUGCGCUGUGAGUUGAUCAGAUUGCAGCAUCAAACUGAGCUCACUAACCAGCUGGAAUAUAAUAAGCGAAGAGAACGGGAACUAAGGCGAAAGCAUGUCAUGGAGGUUCGACAGCAGCCCAAGAGCCUGAAGUCUAAAGAACUCCAAAUAAAAAAGCAGUUUCAGGACACCUGCAAAAUCCAAACCAGACAGUACAAAGCAUUAAGAAAUCACCUACUGGAGACUACACCAAAGAGUGAGCACAAAGCUGUUCUGAAACGGCUCAAGGAGGAGCAGACCCGGAAGUUAGCCAUCUUGGCUGAGCAGUAUGACCACAGCAUUAAUGAAAUGCUAUCCACACAAGCCCUGCGUUUAGAUGAAGCACAGGAAGCAGAGUGCCAGGUUUUGAAGAUGCAGCUGCAACAGGAACUGGAGCUGUUGAAUGCAUAUCAGAGCAAAAUCAAGAUGCAAGCUGAGGCACAACACGAUCGAGAGCUUCGCGAGCUUGAACAACGGGUCUCCCUACGAAGGGCACUAUUAGAACAAAAGAUUGAAGAAGAGAUGUUGGCUUUGCAGAAUGAACGCACAGAACGAAUACGAAGCCUGCUGGAGCGUCAAGCCAGAGAAAUUGAAGCUUUUGACUCUGAAAGUAUGAGACUGGGUUUUAGUAACAUGGUCCUUUCUAAUCUCUCCCCUGAGGCAUUCAGCCACAGCUACCCAGGAGCUUCUGGUUGGUCUCACAACCCUACUGGGGGUCCAGGACCUCACUGGGGUCAUCCCAUGGGUGGCCCACCACAAGCUUGGGGCCAUCCAAUGCAAGGUGGACCUCAGCCAUGGGGUCACCCCUCAGGGCCAAUGCAAGGGGUGCCCCGAGGUAGCAGUAUGGGGGUCCGCAAUAGCCCUCAGGCUCUGAGGCGGACAGCUUCUGGGGGACGGACGGAGCAGGGCAUGAGCAGAAGCACGAGUGUCACCUCACAGAUCUCCAAUGGGUCACAUCUGUCUUAUACAUAACUUAAUAGUUGAAAGUGGCAAUUCUGCUGGAGCUGUCUGCCAAAAGAAACUGCCUACAGAUAUCGUCACUGCAGCCUCCUCACUUGGGUACUAUAGUGUGGAAGCUGAAUGCAUAUGGUAUAUUUUAUUCAUUUUUAAAGCGUUCUGUUUUGUGUUUACUAAUUUGGAUGUCAUAGUAUUUGGCUGCCAGGUUUUGUUUUUUUGUUUUUAACUUUUGGAGAAAUUUAAAAAGAGGAAUUGAUAUGUAUGUGUGAGAGUGUGUGCGUGCGCAUGCACACACACUCACACACACAUCGUGUGUGGUAAAAAUUGGCUAGAUAGGGGGUAUUUUUUGAAGACUGCAAAUAUAUAAUACAGCAAAAUGGCUUAAGUCAUCACUUUCGGGCUACUGUAUCCUAAGAAGUUUGUGAGAAGAUCAAAGCCUUUCUCCAUACCCCACAUUCUAAUGAACCACUCACAGCAGGCAGCAUAUGCUAAAACAAGUUAUUAUGGAAGCACAUUUGUAUCCCCUCACCAGUAUAUUUUCUUUAUUACAUUGAUCCGACUUCUCAGCCUCAUUUGGAGUAAAAAAGUGGAAAGCCAUGAACACUGAAGGGUUGCAUUGACUUUUUCAGAGUGUAGAAAACAAAUGAGUUCUUUUUCUGAAUGCUGCAUAGGCUUGUCAGUGAUUUUUCCUCCCAUUCAUUUGUGCCUUCUUUGUGGCAUGGUGAGAUGGAGGUGCAUCACAAGUUGUGUGGGAAUUUCAUCCAACAAACCUGUGAGCCUUCAAAGGGAAAGACCAGAAGGGUGAGAGAGGUCCCUGAAAGUUCAUAUAAUAGGUGUGUUCAGCAGCAGAGUGAGAAGAUGAAGCCUAUAUAUCCUGAUGUUUUGUUGCUCAUACUGUGAUAUUUCAUCCUAGCUAAGCUCUGUAACUCCCAAAACCCCAAACAGUACUUUUUACUUUGUUUGUUCAAAAACAAAGACGUAUAGCCAAUACACAUCAAAUGCCUGAGGUAUUUGAAUAAUGCCAUAUUUGCAAACUGCCACCUUUUGGAAUUCUCAUCACACUACAUAGACAUUAAUUUGAUUACCCCCUUUUGGCUUAUGGGAUUUCCUGUUUACAAGUAGGAUAGCCAAUUAUUUAAAGUUUAGUUGCCAUAGUGAACCAGGAGUCACUGAGCCAAUGACUUUACCAGCUGCUGACUAACCCUCACUACCACUGUAGAUUUUGCUGCAUAUGCAGGUCCUCUUUUUUCUUUUUCUUUUUUUUCUUUUUAAUUACUGUUUUUGUUGCUGCAAUACCUUAUAAACUUGUAGUUCCUUGAGACUUAGUGACCAUUUGACAUCAUGUUAACAUCAUACAAUAGGAAACCACUUCCUGAAGUCUCUAGCCUCUGCUAAAUUACUACUGAAAAGGAACUAGCAGGUUUGGCAAAUUAAGAAAAAAAGAAAAGUAAAAUAAGUUAUAGUGGUCAGGGAAUCUCUAAACAAAAGCUAACCUUUUUUUUCCAGAGAGGGGCGUGUUUUGUUUGUUUGUUUUGUUUUUCAAUGAAGGAUCAACCCAGUGCUGAAAGUCAGAUGUUACUUGGUAUUCCAUUGCCAGUGUGGAAAUUUAGUUGAAGAUGGAUAGGGAGCUGUAUUACUUGAAGAAAAAAAAAUUUUCUUUCCAGUGACAUAUCAGAAUUUCUACAAGCUAUUGUUCUGCCUCCUCCCCAGUUGUCUUGAAGAACCCUUGCUGCUAACUCUGGGUCCUGCUUUUCAUAUAAUCAGAGUUUCCAGUCCCUCUCAAUGAUACUUUUUACCCAGGCCAGACUGAUGACCAAAUGUAAUCUGUCACUUUUGAAAUCUUGGGUUUUUUUCAAUGUAAGUCUUCCCCAAGUAUGUCAGUCCAGUCUCCAUGGAUCAUCCCCUUUAGGAGUUUCUGGGAUCCGCUAAAGGUAACUGGAAGAAAAAUUAAUAGUUUAAUGUAAAUGUUUUAAAAGCCAGUAUCACAGUAGAAUUCACACAAUUUUAGGCAGUGUUUCAGGUAGCACUCUGAUACAUCAUCCUCUUGGCCAUACUCAAGAUCUCUAGCUGUUAGAUGAACAGGACAUGUACUUGUCAUAUCUAAUGAAAGGGGCUUUUAAUUUUCUCCAUAUAUUUUUUGCAUUCAAGUAUAUAAUAUUUCAAACAAGUUGAAAUAUCUACUAAUUUGGAGGAAAAUUAUAGAAUUAGAAUUAAUAAAAUGCCCAAAAAAUAAAAUGGAAUUUGAUACUUAAAAGAAAAUUUCUUAUUAGCCCCUCUGUACUACUAGAGGUAUAGAAUAGAGAAGCAGAUUCAUUUUGCACACAAAACUCUAAAAUCCACACUACUUCAGUGACUUAGUAUUAGUCAAAUUGAAUUACUGAGUUUGUGUGCAGAGCAUUUGUACUUGUAAACUUGUGAUUGCUGACUCCAAAGGUCUACCCAAUCGGGCUUUGUAUCUGAUGUAUCUGUGGGGCAAUCAGUUUUAACAUGUAGGUCAUGAGUAUACCUGGAUUAUUCCAUUACAUUAAUUUUAUUUUAAAAAUAUAUAGUUUGCAAAAAUUCUAAUUGGUGUGUUUAUAAGAUCUAACUUCUGAGGAAUCUCAUACAUGGUAGGAAUCAAUAAAGAGUGAACUUUGUAGCAGGAAACUCUGAAAAGUUUAGAGAUUCUUAAGAAAGAAACAAGCACUUUCUAAAUCAGUGUGCAAAUGUCAAUAUUUGAUCAAAUUACUACCUCCUCCAAGAGUUGGUGUUCACUCAGUACCUAUGUGUUUAAGAAAGAAAGAAAAAAAGUGGGAAAUUUGUCCAGCAUAUCAGAAAGUUAUUAAUGCUAUUUCUGGUAUCCAGAGCUUGGCAGUAAAAGUUUUCUUAUGUUCACUGUAUCUCCCUUUAGUUAACAUUUUCAAAAGCAAAACCUCAUAUUUUUAUAAAUAUUAUUUCUAAUUGGGUUCCCUUCCUUUUGCACAUAUUUUUCUCCUCUUAUUAAAGUCAGAUCUAAUCCCAAAUUAUAGUUUCUUCAUUAUAUAGUAAUGUUAGCUGGAAAAUGUUUAUAUUAUUUUUAUUCAGAGCUGCCCUUUUUUUAGUCAAUUCUGUCCCUAGGGAUGAAUAGUUCUACAUUUAAUGCCAUCCCCUUAGGUAUAAUAUGCUUGAUUACUAUAGGCCAAGGAUUUAUAGGGAAAUUUAACUAUUUAGUAUAGUCAUGAUUUUCAACUGCCCAGACACCAGGUAAACACUAUUUAGUACACUAGUUGUCCUUGAUCUUCCCUCCUACACCCACCUAAUUUUCCUCAUUCUCCUUUUGAAAAUCAAAAACUCUAUGAGUGUCUUUUUCAGACCGUAAGACAGACUUUAGUAACUUUCUACUUUCUUUAAGUGCUAAAUGUCUGGCAUUUUAAACUUUUAUAAAAUACAUUGUGUUGGACACUGGAAUAAUACUGUUUAUUUUCACCUGUGAAAAAUGACUUUAUUGUACUUGAAACACCUCCUUUGCAUUUCUCCAUUUGUGCCAUUCACUAGUGGAAAUAAAUUGUAUUAUACCAUGA